UCUUCUUGUAAUAUAGAUUUAACAUCUCCAACCCUCAAAAAACAUAAAUUUAGACAGAAAAACAAAAACACAUAAAAAUAGUACAUAAAAUUAGAGCCUUUUUUUUUCUUUUUUAUUUGUGUAGUUAAAAAAAAUUCUCUGACACCUCCAUAUUCCCCUUCUAAGUAAAGAUCGAUUCAGUACAACGUUGAUGAAUUUCAUUCAAAUGGGUCGCUAAACCAAGAUGAAGGAAAACAAUGAGUGAAAUCAUCAAAGUGGGUUAAUGAUUGCAAAACACAAAAGUACAUCGAUCUGGAAACCUUAGAAGAAAUAAGAACAAUUGUAGAGUUAGGAAAUGGAGGUUCAGAGAAUUCAAGAACUGUUAUUAUUGUGCUCAAGGAGGCAAAGUAAUCGUGUUUCCCUUGUGGGUGGGAAUCACACCGCCGCCCGAUUUUGCACCCGCUAAUCUGCUUUGCCCUCUUUUGCGUUUCUUCCCUCUCCCUUUCUCCAAAAUUUCUGUUGUUAUAAUCUGAUUCAUUAGUUUUUCAAUUUUUUCCUCCCCAAGCAAUCUUGAUCUGAUUUUCUACUCAAAAUUGAUUUUUAGUUAAAUUAAUUUCCUUGUUUAUACAUUAUACGUACCCUUUGUUCUGUUUUUUUGGUUGUUCCUUACCAAAACAACUGAGAGAGAUCAUGAAUUCCAAAGCCAUGAAUUUGUUGUAUGGAAUUCAUGGCAAGAAUAAACACCACAAAUUGAGGAAGAAUUUGCACAACAACAUUGAUGAAUUCCAAUUUGUUAUCAUCAGGAUGCCUAGCACUUGGGUUCUGAAACUAACCACCCCUGCUCUGUUUCUGGCAUUAGUCAUUGUUUCACUUCCUUGGCUCAACACCACCAUCUCCGACGUCGUGAUGGCGGCCUCCGCCGCCGACAAGGUUUCCGGCGACCAUGUUUCCGAUUCCGGGUCCUCGUCCUCCUCCUCGGAUCCCAUCAACAGCGAGCUGUUUCCGGCUCUGUUUCACGAUUUGGCCAACGAAGGCCUUCUGAAGAUGGGCAACAGAGCUCUUGUUGUAACCAACGGCGGCGAAGAAGAAGCUGACACCAUAUUCAAGACCCGGGUCAUCACGGAUUUCAAAAUGGAUAUGAUUUCUUUCUCCUAUUCGGAAAACCAGGAGAAUCUGAUCUCGGACGAGACAUAUGAUUUCAUGUUCGUCGCUGAUUUCCUGUCUUCAUCGGAUCUAAUCGAACGGACUCUCAAGAAAGACGGCGUUGUCGCCUUCCAACUCAGCGAUAACCCGGCGGUCUCAUUUCAAAAACUAUCCAAUUACAAGAUCGUUUAUCUCAGAGGAUUCGAUUCCACCGUCGUUGCCCUGAAGAAAAUGACCAACCGCCGGCGAACUCCAAAUCCUUCUUCUUCCGGUGGCAAAUCCACCGCCAGGCGAUUAUUAGGGCUAACAACUGAAGUCAAGAAGAAAGCCCUGAACAAUCUAGAAGACGUAUUACUCGAACCACCAAGGGCGGCGUCCGGAAAAUCCAGCACCUACCGGAAAAGGACCCGGUACUUACCCGACUUGAUCGGGUUUUCUCUGGAGAGCUACCCGAGAAGGGUGUUCAUUGACGUUGGAUUGCCGGAUAAGAACGACGGAGAUUCGAGCUGGUUUUCGAAGAAUUACCCGACGAAGAACACGAAAUUCGAUAUGUACAAGAUUGAGACUGUGACGGAAGAACCAUCGGAAAAAGAGGUGGCGGAAAUCGGGAUGUCGGAUUGGCUAAGGAAGAAUGUGAAGGAGAAUGAAUAUGUGGUGAUGAAAGCUGAAGCUGAAGUUGUGGAGGAUUUGGUAAGGAGCAAAGCAAUAAACUUGGUGGAUGAAUUGUUCUUGGAGUGUAAGCACAGGGGUAUAAAGAAGGGAAUUCAAAGAAGUAGAAGGGCAUAUUGGGAAUGCUUGGCUUUGUAUGGAAGUUUGAGGGAUGAGGGCAUUGCAGUGCACCAAUGGUGGGGCUAAUCACUUGAAAUAUAUAUUUAUGUCCCAUUAAAAAAAAUUCAAAAAAAAACACAAAAAAGUAAUAAUUAAGGCAAUGAUAAUAAUAAUAAUAAGAGAUCAAAAGGAAAAAAAAAAAGUUAUUUUUAUUAUAUACAGAGAGACUGGGGAUCAAGGAUGAGCAUAGUGAUUUGUUUUUUUGAAAAAAAAUGAUGAAAAUCUCUGGUAUAUUUAUAGAUAUUAUUUGUACUAUCUUAAUUUGUUGUGCUCAUUUCUUCUUUUUGUAUUUAUUUUUUGUUUUGUUUUUGUGAGUUGCUUUCUAAUACACUGUAGAUUUUUGUUUAUUGUGAUUUUUGGGUUCAACAAGAAAUCAAGCAAUUUAGUUUAGUUUCGUUUUUCACUUUCAUAGUACAACUG